AGGCGUUGUGGAGGUAAAGAUAACAUAAAAAGUUAUCAUGGCUAGACGAAAGCAGGAAGCGCAGCUGCAGCAAGAAAUCGAAACGCAAGAGGAAUGGGAGGACAUGCUAUCCAAGGAGGGUCUUUAUGUUGUUGAUAUCUACCAAGAGUGGAGUGGACCUUGCACUUGUCUAAUUGCAAAUCUACGCCGAUUAAAAAAUGAACUUGGAGACGAGCUCCUUCAUUUUGCUGUUGCAAAAGCAGAUACCAUUGAUGCUCUAGAGAAAUACAGAGGACACUGUGAACCAUGUUUCCUUUUCUAUGCUGGAGGUGUUUUAGUAGCAGUUGUCAGGGGAGCAAACUCUCCAAAAAUUCUUAGAACCAUAACAGAACAGCUACAACACGAGCACAAAGUGAUAGAUGGGGGAGCUGAAAGGAAGGAGAUUAAGGAUCCAUACAUUGCUCAGAUGGAGUCUCAGGAAAAACUUGACGAGGAGGAGGAGGAGAAAGAGGAAGAAGGCCAGAAGAUGAAGUUUAAGGGAGAAAUAAUUAAUUAUGGGGACUCGGAUGAUUUGUUGCCUGGCUCAGAGGGUAAGAAAGAAAUCACGGUGUGUCUUAUCAAACCUGAUGCUGUUGCUGCAGGCAAAGUGCCAGAGAUUGUUGCUGAUAUUGAGGCACAUGGUAUUGAGAUCCUAAAGAAUGAAGAACGUCACCUGACAGAGGAUGAAGUAAGACAAUUCUACAGCCAUCUACAAGAUGAGUCGUUUUUCGAUGACUUUGUCAAGUUCAUGACCAGCGGAACCUCCCAUGUUCUGGUUCUGACCAAGGGUAGAACAGGAGAGAAUAUCAUCAGUGAAUUCAGAGAUCUGAUUGGUCCAACAGAUGUGGAGGAAGCUAAGGAGGCUCAGCCUGAAAGUUUGAGAGCCAAAUAUGGUGAGAAGGCAUUCAUGAAUGCUCUCCAUGGCAGCAGUUCAGAAGAAACGGCAAUGAGGGAGCUAGCAUUCUUCUUCCCAGACUAUGUUGUCCCUGAAUCAGAAGGAAAACCCAAAGUACAGAGAACUUUGGCACUCAUCAGACCUGAUGCAUUCAAAAACCACAAAGAUGAAAUUCUGGCCAAUAUAAAUGAGGCUGGAUUUAAGGUGGCUAUGCAGAAAGAGGUGCAACUUACGAAGGAGAUGGCAGAAGAUUUCUACAGAGAGCAUAAAGACCAGGAUUACUUUGAGGAGCUCGUUUUAAGGAUGACAAGUGGUCCAGUCCUAGCUCUUGGUUUGGCCAGAGAGGAUGCCAUUUCAGGAUGGAGACAUAUGUUGGGGCCCACUGAGGUAGAGAAGGCUAAAGCAGAGGCCCCAGACAGUUUACGAGCCAAGUUUGCAUUAGACGACACCAAAAUCAACAUGCUGCAUGGUUCUGAUUCUGAAGAAACAGCCAAGAAAGAAUUGGAAUUCUUCUUCCCAAUGCAACAGACAGUAGCAGUGAUUAAACCUGAUGCAGUGGGCACUAAAGAUGAAAUUAUCGACAGAAUCCAUGAAUCUGGAUUUAAGAUUGCAGCCACCAAAGAACAACAGUUGACUAGAGAGCUUGCAGAGGAGUUCUAUGCAGAUCACAAAGGAAAAGAUUACUAUGAAGAUUUAGUAGAACACAUGACCAGUGGACCUACAUAUGUUAUGGUGCUAUCAAGAGAAGAUGCCGUCCAAGGAUGGAGGGAAAUAAUUGGUCCCACAGAUCCCGAGAAGGCUAAGGAAGAAAAUCCAGACUCAUUACGUGCAGCAUAUGGAAAAAAUAUUCUCAUGAAUGCUGUGCAUGGCAGCUCAACAGUCGAACAUGCCGAGACGUCCCUAAAGAAGAUAUUUGGUGAAUUGAAAUUUGGACCUGAUGGUUCGGUCUUAGCGGAUGAAGCUAUGGAAACAGAGAAGAGAGAGGGCGAGGAGGGCAUUGAGGAGGGUGAACGUGAGACAGAACAAAUACCAUCAGAAGAACCCACAGAAAAAUCACAAGAAGAACCUGUUACAACCUCAAAGCCUGAUGUAGAACAGACAGCCCCCGAGUAUCGAGAAGAAGAGAAAAAGGAGGAGGAGCCUCCAAAAGAAGAUGCAGUAAAACCAGAAGAAGAGUCAAAACCAACAGAGGAAGAGAAACCUGCGGAAGAGUCAAAACCAGCAGAAGAAGAAAAGCCAGCGGAAGAGUCCAAACCGGCAGAGGAAGAAAAACCGGCUGAAGAAUCUAAACCAGAAGAAGAGUCAAAACCAGCUGAAGAGUCAAAACCAGAGGAAUCAAAACCAGCAGAUGAGGCACCUAAAGAGGAACAAAAAUCAGAAUCACCUAAACCAGAUGAAGAACAGAAAGGUGAGGAGGCUAAACCUGAAGAGAGUGAACAAAAACCGGAACAAACAGAAAAAACAGAGGAACAGAAGCCAGCUGAGGAAGGAGAGAAGAAAGAAGAAGAAAAGACAGAGGAGGAAAAGAAAGAAGAAACACCAGCAGAACAAGGAUGAAUGCAGAAGAUAUUUUAAGGACAGUUAUUCAAUAUUAAGACAUUUUGAAAAAGACAUUCCAUCAAAGAAAUUUUUCAAUAUGAUUGAAGACCAAGAGAAUGAAGGAAAAAA